CUCCAUUUUUUUGCAUGCUGACCUUCUCUUUCUUUCCUAAACUAACUCACUUUAUUUCAACUUUUUAUUUUGCACAUUUAAACCACAAUUCACACACUAACCAGACUUUCUUAUAUAUAAAAAUGAAUUUUGACGAGCGCGAGGAGGACUUCCGUGAGAUGGCUGCUAUGGGCAACAUCAAGGCAGUAACAGCGUACCUUCGUAGCGGCAUACAAGUAGACCACCAAAAUAAAGUGAACGGUUGGACAGCCCUGCACUGGGCCUGCGCCCGCGGUCACCUCAAGGUUGCCGACAUGUUAAUCCGCGCCGGUGCCAAUCUCCACAUCAAAAACACAAAGUCCCAGAGACCAGUUGACAUCUGCAAAACUGACGAGCUCCGGGAGCUCUUCGGAUUCCACAUGGGCUCCCCCGAGAUGGAAGAGUCGUGCCGGGCAUCAAGUGGAAUUAUGUCUGAGCAGUCGUUUGUGCCGAACUACAUGAAUAACCCCGAUUUCUCAAAGGCCUGGGGUGUGCCCGACAGUGCAAUGCUACCGGGGCAUGGCGAAUCCGGAUACAUGCGUCAGAGGCAGUUUGAGGCUUCCAUGAGCAACAGCUCGAACCGUUUACCUAACGGCACUGGCACCGGAACCGGCCCCAUUGCUACCACUUCUGCCAUUGGCGAGGCAGAUGGCGAGGAGCGCGAGCUAUUGGUCUAUGGCGAACAGUACAACGACGAAAACUUGAUUGGCUCUGUGUUUGUUGAUAAUCCCGCUCAGACUGUGACAGAGCUGAUCAGCCAGAUUCGCGAGGAGCUCGACGGUGUUCCUGAAAAAAUUUCUAUUUCCCGGUACAACGGAAAACUGACCAUUCCUAUCAGCGCUAAGCAGGAGGAAUUCAGCAUUAACAAAUUUUCAGAAACUUUGAUGACGUGGUAGUUAUUAAGCCACGAACAACCGAGGCCAAGAAAGAAGUCGAGUAAAAAAAUUUGUAGCACAUAUCUCACCACCAAAAAUAAUAUAGAAUAUAGAAAGACAAAGCCGACUGACAGUGCCACACACGUUGCUCGGCUAAAUUAAAACAAUUAAAACAUGUCG